UCUUCCCUCUCUCAGUACUUUCUUAUCUUUUUCCUGCUGUUCGUGGUGCUCUUCCUGGGCACCGUUUUGGGCUACAUUUUCCGCGAUCGUGCCACGGAAUCGUUCCGGGAAAUCCUCUAUGACUCGAUGUCGUUGUAUGGUCGACGCCGAAUGAUGACCAUUUCGUGGGACAUGACCCAAGAGGAGCUGCAGUGCUGCGGCGUGGAAAGUUUCGUCGAUUGGCGCGAUCGGAUUCCGGACUCGUGCUGCCAGGAUGAUUACGGUGGUCGGAAGCGACCCUGCCAGGAGCUGCAGACUUCGCUGACGAUCUUCAAGGAUGGAUGUUACGAUGCGGUGUCCAAGGAACUACUGAUGAAUGCGGGGCUGCUUGGGGUGGCCAGUGUGGGACUGGCUUUUGCGAUGGUUCCCGCCAUGGUGAUGGCUUACUAUCUGCUGGCGGUGCUUUGAAAAAGGCUGAGAAGUGAUGACAAUGCUGAAGAGACAAAUUACACAUGGACAAUUUGGCGCAAAGCUUACGAUACCUAUUUGGAGAGGUUGCGUGUUAGUAUUACCAAUGUGUUCUCGAUGUUAUGUGAAUUAAGAAAAAUACACAAGAAAUGAAAGCUAGUUAUGUAUGUUAAGAGGCAAUGAUCGUUUUAAUCAUCAAUAAUGUAACCCAAAUCAGACAAGAUUGUACUAAAAGUUUAUGACUUAGAACGGCAAUGCAAAAAUACAUUCUACCACACCACAUUAUGAUCAUUGUGUUUAAUUGAAAUCAUUUUAUUGCAGUAUUUUCGUUUGUGCUAACGAGAAUUCGUUAUCUUUUUCCAAUCAUCAUGGUAUCAUAUUAGUUUAAUUGAUCAUAUUGCAAUAAAAUAUUAAUCAAAAGUCAAAUAAAUUAAUCAUCAAUUUACGAACAAGACUCUUGGAGUGUAGUAGACUAGUGCUAUCUAAUUCUAAGGGAGCAUUGUAAUUUCAAACCAAUAUCGGGUUAGUUUACAUAUCAUAUCCAUAUGAAUCAUGUAAUUUAAGUGUGAACCGUGGAUUCGAUGAAAUGUAUUUAAUAAAUAA